UUCCAUUAGAGCGAGAUUAAAUUUAAUUAAAGAAAGACGGAAAGUAGUUUAUGAUUGUCCCGGAAAUUUGGACUACUCCUUUUGACAAUUUACCUCUUCUCCUGGGUAUCAGAUCGGGAAAAACAGCGCCAAAUUCUUUCCGCCGCGCGUUUUCAUCUUAUCUAUCGAUAAAUUUUGCAGGUUGCGAUAGGACGGACGAUCGGCAGACGAAAUCGGGUUAAAUCACUUUCGGUCGACCUUCGGCGUUUACUUUUACUCGUGUUCCGAAUAUUCUCCGCCGUCUCAAACCGGUUUCGUUGGAAAUCGUCGUCGAUCGACGUACGAAAUUCAGUCGGACGUUGACUAUUCGUACGACCGACGGACGGAUCGGAAGCGGAUCGAAAGCCACUCGACCGUCGUCGCGUGGACAGAUCUUCAGACAGGCGGCACCGCCUUCUUUCCUUCGUCGGAAUUAUUUGGCGCGCUCCGCCCCCCCCCCCGGGGGAACGAAGGGCCUGUCCGCCGAUCGGCGUUCGGUCGACGGAUUACUUUCUCGCGCCCGACGUAAUUUCCGUUGAAGACUAGUUAACGAACGAUGCGAGAGGCUAAAACUCCUAAUUUCCCCUCUCGUCGACGUCGGGUAUUAACCCUCGGCCGUCCUAAAUGCGCGCCCGUCGUUAAUUUCAUCAAACAAUUAAACGUCUUAAUCGCUUCGUAAUCGACUCGCCCGCUAUUAAUUUCGUUAAUCGUUCGGUUCGUCCCUUAAUCGAAUCCGAUCUUUCUUACCGUCCGCCGCUUUCUAUCGGCUCGUCCGUCGACUGCCCUAACGAAUUUAUUUCUACGCCUCGUUAAAGUUCUACUCGCGCUCGACUUUCGACCCCCCUCUCGACUCGCGCACCGAUACGUUGGCUACAGUAGUCAGACCGACGUCUCACUUCUCGCCAGAAGCGCGACCAUCAUUUUCAGGUCUUCCCUAACGUAAGAAGAAGUUCCCUUCUUCUUACGUCAACUGCCGGGGAAGCGCUUCCGCUUUUCUCCAAAAUGCAUUUCUUUUAUUUUCCAACCCCGGAGCCUUCUUCGGUCGGGUGCCGCCUGGUUACGCUCCUGUCCGUUUAAAGCUUUACACCCGUCCGGCGAUUGACGCCUUUCUUGCGACUCGUUACCUUCAGGCAUUUUAAACAAAUUUCUGUUCGAUUAUUUUGUCGUCGUCCUGCUGGCGCGCGCGCGACCCGCGCCGCCAGCAGCGUCGCUUCGAGUAUCGGCGCGCGAGACCCGCGCCGACACUCGAAGCGACAACUGUGAGUAACCUAUUCUGCACGAUUGAAAAAUGAAAAUUAUCACCGAACGGUUAAACGGAAGUUUCACGCCCGCGAAAUCCAAUCCAGACGAUGACGAGCUCAACGAUUCCGAGUACGACUACGACGACGACGGGACGGACCCUCUUCGCCUGGCCCGAGUCAAGAUGGAAGAACCCGAUUUGUUGUCUCGAUUCGAGCGGCGAGACCUGGAGGAAAGAGCGGAUCUGGAAAUACGAGCGCGUAACGACCAGAUAUUGAGAGAAGCGGCCUCGUCCAUCCACCGACAGGCGGCCGCAGGCAUGGGCAGCGCGGGAGGCAGCGCGGCUUCCUCGCCUUCCCUCUCGCCCACAGGCUACCUGUUACCCGCGCGAGACCAACAGAGGGCCAACCACCUUCCUCCCGGCUACCCGUCGGCCGCGGGCGCCGCCCUCGCUCCGUCGGCCGCCUCCCUGUGCCUGUCUCCGUCCACCGUCAGAGAUUCGCAGGAUCAUCAGAAAUACACCUACGAAGAACAGUUCAAACAGUUAUACGAGCUUACGGAAGAUCCGAAGAGGAAGGAGUUUUUGGACGAUUUAUUUAACUUCAUGCAACAACGAGGUACUCCUGUCAAUCGAAUACCUAUAAUGGCCAAACAGGUGUUGGAUCUUUACGAACUGUACCGGUUAGUUGUAGCCAGGGGCGGGCUAGUAGAAGUCAUUAACAAAAAGAUCUGGAGGGAGAUUACAAAAGGUCUCAAUUUACCCUCUUCCAUCACCAGUGCAGCCUUUACUUUACGUACACAGUACAUGAAAUAUCUUUAUCCGUACGAAUGUGAAAAAGAGAAAUUAAGCACACCAGAAGAACUGCAGUCAGCCAUUGAUGGAAACAGGAGGGAGAGUAGGCGGUCGAAUUAUGGCCCUUAUCCAGAAAUGGUUAGUAUGCCGAGAAAUUCUCAUCAUCUCUCACCUCUGAGUUUGGUAUCACGACAAGUCAACGGUCACAGUUCAACUCAGGGCAUUAACUCUUCUGGUGAAGAAGACAAUUGCAGCAUCCCUUCGACACCUACCCAUAUAACGAUGCCUCAGCAAGAAGCACUAAAUUUAGAGGUGCCGAGGAACAUAGAUCAGAGUAGUAAAUCAAUAGACACAACAUCGAGGAAAUCUGUAGAAGAAAGUUCUCCUCCCCCUAAACGUUUUUUGUCAGACGAAGAGCGGCUUCUCAAUCAAGCCGGUGUACCCAGCGCUCAUAUAAAAAUUUCCAGUCGAGGCGACGGCCGAUCUCAAAUAGAUAGUUCUUUGGUGGUCAGUAUGGAAAUCAAUGGCAUUAUGUAUCAAGGUGUAUUGUUUGCUCAGUCCCACAGAAAUCGCAUAGCGUGAACUGUCCAGUGUUUCUACAAUAUACACCACUAGUGCCUUGUCUCCGUAGGAGACCGUAAAGAGCCAAGCUGACAAGAACAAAGUCCUUCUCAAGCCAUCAAAUACUGUAAAUUUACAUCAUGCAGGCAAUCAAUAGGAUCUCAAGAUCUGAUGGACAAUGUGUUAAAAACAUGGAACUGCUCUUUAAAAGUUAUAUGCUAAUAUGAUAUAUCAGGAUGGUGUUCUAAAUAUUUGUGUCAAUUGGAAUUGUUGAAAUGCUUGAAACGCACGAGCUUAACCUUCAAGGCUCUUCAGAUUACAUCUGAAGUUAAGUAGAGGACAUCGGCAAGAACGAAAACAGAGACUACGCCACGUCUUCUAUUUUAAAAACUCCAUCAGCUUUUAAGACCAGUAUUCAAUUUUAUUUAGCUCAAAAUCUUAAUAUUAUUUUAACAAAAAAAAUAAUUCAUCGAACGAUUGUUGAGAAUUUUUUCUCUUAUCUCUUUUAAUAUUUGCAACUAACCUCCAGACUAACUUUACCCACCGUUGCAACUAAUUUUAAAAUUGUGUUCAAACUUACAUUCCUGCAAGAACCAAUAUGGUUGAUAAAAAAUGGAUUUUAACGAGGAUUUUUCAUCGUAUUUUCCGAACGAAUUCGAAUGAAAGCAAAUUCAAUACAACAAAGUUGGCAUCUGUCCUUCAUAAUCUACUGGUAUUAUCGAUGAUCUUUUGUAGAUACAUAACUGUCAUAGUAUUACAGUCUAUAUACCAGUAGUAACUCAAACAUUGUUUAAAUAUUUUUGCAGGUGAAGACGUCAGACUCUUGUACAGAAUUAUGGGAUUUGCCUCUCAUUAUUUUAAAAUAUUGCUUUUCCUAUUAUUUUCAUCGUGUUCAGACAAGUUUUGUUUGU